UGGAUGAUGUUGCAGAUCAGAUAAAGCAGAUUUGUGUGUAAUUGUCUCUGAUAUUUAUCUUUUUAUUAAUUCCACAUAUUUUUCCUAUAGUUAACUAACACAAAAAUGGCUGCUUUGCUUAAACAAUACAGUAGAUUAAGUAGCACUCUUUUGAAGAAUGUGCACUCAAAACGUUGUUUGUCAGUAAGUCGACAUGUUUCACAGGCAUGGACAGGAAACGAAUCUCUUAAAGACGAUGACCCAGAAAUGUAUAACUUAAUAAGAAGGGAAAAACGACGUCAAGUUGAAGGAUUGGAAUUGAUAGCAUCAGAGAAUUUUUGCAGCAGAGCAGCCAUAGAAGCAAUGGGAAGUUGUUUAAAUAACAAAUAUUCAGAAGGAUACCCCGGUGCAAGAUAUUAUGGUGGAAAUGAAGUGAUCGAUGAAAUUGAAGAGCUGGUCCAGAAAAGAGCUCUAGAAGCUUUCCGGUUAAAUCCAGAUGAUUGGGGUGUAAAUGUGCAAGUGUACUCUGGAGUUCCAGCGAAUUUUUCUGUGUACACUGGCUUAUUAAAUGUCCAUGACAGAAUCAUGGGAUUAGAUCUGCCGCAUGGAGGACAUUUAUCGCAUGGUUUUAUGACAGACACCAAAAGAGUUUCAGCAACUUCGAAGUAUUUCGAAUCGAUGCCAUACAGACUAGACGAAGACACCGGGCUGAUAAAUUACGACCAGUUAGAGUCGCUAGCUUCAUUAUAUCGUCCGAAAAUAAUUAUUGCUGGCACAAGCGCAUACUCAAGAUUAAUUGACUAUAAAAGAUUUAAAGAGAUAUGCUCAAGGUCGAACGCCUACCUGCUGGCUGACAUGGCUCAUAUUAGUGGUCUUGUUGCUGCAGGGGUCGUUCCUAGUCCUUUCGAUCAUGCUGACGUAGUCACUACAACUACACAUAAAAGCUUACGUGGUGUUCGGCAUUCAUUGAUAUUUUAUCGGAAAGGGGUUCGUUCUGUUAAUAAAAAGGGAAAAGAAAUAAUGUACGACUUGGAUAAGCGGAUAAACGAAGCUGUGUUUCCUGGCCUACAGGGUGGCCCACACAACCAUUCCAUGGCGGGUGUUGGGGUGGCACUUAAACAGGCCACUACUUCACAGUUCCGGGAGUAUCAGUUACAGACAAUGAAAAAUGCUAAAACCAUGGCAACCGAACUAACUACUAGAGGCUACGAUAUCGUGUCUGGAGGGACAGACACUCAUCUUGUGUUGGUUGAUUUGAGACCAAAAGGAAUUGACGGAGCACGUGUUGAGCACGUGUUAGAUAUGGCCUACAUCACAGCAAAUAAAAACACAGUCCCUGGUGAUAAGAGCGCGAUGAAGCCGAGCGGCUUACGGUUAGGUGCACCUGCUAUGACGUCACGAAACUUCAAAGAAGAAGAGUUCAAAAAAGUAAUUAAAAUGCUGGACAAAGGUGUUGAGAUUGCAUUAGACGUCCAAGAUAAGUCAAAAACUUUAAAAGAUUUCAAAGAGGUAUCAGCUUCUAAUUCUGAAAUACAAUCUAAAAUAAAAUCUCUUCGUGAAGAAGUAAACAAAUUUGCUAGUCAGUAUCCCAUGCCUGGUUUGGACGAGUUGUAAUGAGGCGUAUACGAACGGAAUACUGCAGAUUAAUCGGAAAUUGGACGUAUUAGAGGAAGUGAUAAAAAAAGAAAAAUUUAUAUCGAAAUUUUCUUUUUUUGGUUUUUGAAAAAUAUUUACUCAAAUUUACGAUCCUGCUAAUAAUCUCUUGUGUUUGCUGAACUGUGUUUAAUAAGGUCGGUGACCGUGUUGCUUGUUAUUGUGGAUGACUGUGUCACUGAGGCCUAAAUGAUGACUGUGUCGCCGGGACGAAAUAAUUACUGCGUCAUAGGGGACUAAAUUAUACAAGUCUGCGUAUUGUACUUCCAGCAUUAGUGAAUGUAUAUUCGCUUUAAAGCCAAAUUGUUUUGUUUUGUUUCAAUUUUUUUUGUGAUUUUUGAGAAUUUUUUAUAAACUCGUAAAAAACAUCGGAAAUCAUUGUUUCCAUAGACCUAGAGAUUGACUCAUAAAAAUAUCUUCAGGUAAAAGUAGUAAAAGAAAAAUAUCAGAUCAUUGUAUGACAGGGUAUAUCUGCAAUGUAUUACACCAUAUUCUUGAUCGCAAAGUCAUAUCACUGUGACAAGUAAUUUGCCAACUUUGGUGCAAUAUUAAAAAACAAGUGGAGCUUAGUACGCUAGCAUUGGAUUAUGCGUUCCUAAAUUUCUUGACUGCUUCCAGUUCUCACGAGUUUAUUCAGUGAAAGAUAAUUUUUUUAAAUCUAUACAUUAUAUAUUCUUAUAGUUUUUUUACAACUAUAUUUUAUUAAAUAUAUGUGAAUAUAUUGAUAA